AUUCCCCCUGAGACUGAGCUGGAGGACAGGUGAGUACAGGUGACGCAGCCUGAAGAUGUCGGGGAAGGGGACUUCCGGCCUCGUGCCGAUCAUUGUAUUUGGAAAUGUGAUUAUAAUGCUCUGCGGCCUGGCGCUGUUCGCCGAAACCAUCUGGGCCACGACAGACCCGUACUACGUGUACCCGGUGCUGGGGGUGACGGGCAAAGAUGACGUCUUCGCUGGUGGCUGGAUUGGAAUCUUCUGCGGUUUCAGCUUUUUCCUUUUGGGAGUGUAUGGCAUUGCGGCGGCGGUGAAGGGCAGCCGCACCAUGCUCAUUGUGUAUCUGGUGCUGAUGAUGGUCGUCUAUAUAUUCGAAUCUGCUUCCUGCAUAACGUCCUUCACUCACCGGGACUAUAUGGUGAACUCCAAUGUGAUAAAGCAGCAGAUGCUUACUUACUAUGCAGCGAACGAUACAGCUCAGGGCCGUGAGAUUACCUUCUUCUGGAACAGACUUAUGCUGGAGAGAAGUUGCUGCGGUGUGGACGGGCCUGUUGACUGGGUCAGCUACACCUCCGCUUUCCGCUUUCAGUAUAAUGAGGCCACUGCACCUUGGCCGUUCUGGUGCUGCACGAGAGAUAACAACUUUCAGAUCGUAAAUGAAGCCGGCUGCCGUGUGGGAUUGCCACCAUACAUCUUCGACAAGGGUUGUUCUGACCACAUAAUACAUGCAAUCGACAGUUACACUUGGGGCAUCUCCUGGUUUGGGUUCGCUAUCCUAAUGUGGACGAUGCUGGUGAUGUUUGCCACCAUGUACCACUACUUUACCAUGUGAUCCCUGGGAAUUGGACCGUGCAUGGAGACCCGAGAAGG